AUGACCCAGAAAGCCCAUAUGGGUUCGGCAGACUCCUACACCAGCCGCCCAUCCGAUUCAGAUGUGUCUUUGGAAGAGGACCGGGAGGCAGUUCGUAGGGAAGCUGAGCGGCAGGCCCAGGCCCAGUUGGAAAAAGCAAAGACAAAACCUGUUGCAUUUGCAGUUCGGACCAAUGUCAGGUACAGCGCAGCCCAGGAGGAUGACGUCCCGGUGCCCGGCAUGGCCAUCUCAUUCGAGGCCAAAGAUUUUCUGCAUGUUAAGGAAAAAUUUAAUAAUGACUGGUGGAUAGGACGGCUGGUUAAAGAAGGCUGUGACAUCGGAUUUAUUCCAAGCCCGGUCAAACUAGAGAACAUGAGGCUACAGCAUGAACAGAGAGCCAAGCAAGGGAAAUUCUAUUCCAGUAAAUCAGGAGGAAAUUCGUCAUCCAGUUUGGGUGACAUAGUACCCAGUUCCAGAAAAUCGACACCUCCAUCAUCUGCUAUAGACAUAGAUGCUACUGGCUUAGAUGCAGAAGAGAAUGAUAUUCCAGCAAACCACCGCUCCCCUAAGCCCAGUGCAAACAGUGUAACGUCACCCCACUCCAAAGAGAAAAGAAUGCCCUUCUUUAAGAAGACAGAGCACACUCCUCCUUAUGACGUGGUACCCUCCAUGCGCCCAGUGGUACUGGUGGGCCCCUCUCUGAAGGGAUACGAGGUCACAGAUAUGAUGCAAAAAGCACUGUUUGAUUUUCUAAAACACAGAUUUGAAGGGCGGAUAUCCAUCACAAGAGUCACUGCUGAUAUCUCCCUUGCCAAACGCUCAGUGUUAAACAAUCCCAGUAAGCAUGCAAUAAUAGAAAGAUCCAACACAAGGUCAAGCUUAGCGGAAGUUCAGAGUGAAAUUGAAAGGAUUUUUGAACUUGCAAGAACAUUGCAAUUGGUAGUCCUAGACGCGGAUACAAUUAAUCACCCAGCUCAACUCAGCAAGACCUCUUUGGCCCCUAUCAUAGUGUAUGUAAAGAUUUCUUCUCCUAAGGUUUUACAAAGGUUAAUAAAAUCUCGAGGGAAAUCUCAAGCAAAACACCUCAAUGUCCAGAUGGUAGCAGCUGAUAAACUGGCCCAGUGUCCUCCGCAGGAGUCAUUCGAUGUGAUCUUGGAUGAGAACCAGCUUGAGGAUGCUUGUGAGCACCUUGCCGACUAUUUGGAGGCAUACUGGAAGGCCACCCACCCUCCCAGCAGUAACCUCCCCAACCCUCUCCUUAGCCGGACUUUAGCCACCUCAACUUUACCUCUGAGCCCCACCCUAGCCUCUAACUCACAGGGUUCUCAAGGUGAUCAGAGGACUGAUCGCUCUGCUCCACGGUCCGCUUCCCAAGCUGAAGAAGAAGAGCCUUGUGUGGAACCCGUCAAAAAAUCCCACCACCGUUCUUCCUCAGCCACACACCAAAACCACCGCAGUGGGACAGGUCGGGGCCUCUCUAGGCAAGAGACAUUUGACUCUGAAACCCAAGAGAGCCGAGACUCCGCCUACGUGGAGCCAAAGGAAGAUUAUUCACAUGAACAUGUGGACCACUAUGUCCCGCAGCAUCGUGAACAUAACCACAGGGAUGAUACCCACAGCAGCAAUGGCCACAGACACAGGGAGUCUCGCCACCGCUCUAGGGACAUGGGUCGAGACCAGGACCACAAUGAGUGCAGCAAACAACGAAGCCGGCAUAAAUCUAAGGAUCGCUACUGUGACAAAGAAGGGGAAGUAAUAUCCAAAAGAAGGAAUGAGGCUGGCGAGUGGAACAGGGAUGUAUACAUCCGCCAAUGACCGUGCGUGUCCUCCCUGCCCCCAAGUCUUGUGUGACGUCAUCAUCCUUAAGCAAAAUCUUUGGGGGCUACAUUGCAGUCAUCUGUGAUCUGUCUUGUAUAUUUUGUAUUGCUGUUGCUUCAAUAGCAAUAGCAUGCAAUCAAGUAUUACUAUACAUUCUUUUGUAAGUACCACAGAAAUUGGCCUAGUACAGCUGCAGUCCUCCGUCUAUAUCCUAAACUCUUCAAAAGCUGUUUGGGUAGCUGCCACCUCAACAGAGUGGCUUCAGAAACGUAGUUAAUGUAUCCUGAGAGCCAGAUGCAGCACAGAUAACAAGUGGAAUUUCUCCGUAUUUUUAAUACCCAGAUACCUGACCUGUCAUUCUUCAUGGGCCACUGUUUCUUGCUUGUACCUCUGGCUGACUAAAUUUGGGGACAGAUUCAGUCUUGCCUUACACAAAGGGGAUUAUAAAGUUAGAAUCUAUUUUCUAUGUACUAGUACUGUGUACUGUGUAGACAGUUUGUAAAUGUUAU